UCUAGAAACUGGCACAGAAACCUGGCAUCCUAGCUUCCUGCGUAGCCCCUGGGUGCAGGUUUAACGCUCUCCUGGAGCAGAAGUUUGCUGGACUUAGGAGCAGAGCUACAGAUGGCUUGAAAUUCUGGCUGAUUUCAACGCAGUGGCUGGACUACUCCCAGAAGACGAGAAAUUGGUGGAUCUCUGCUGCUGAUGCUGGAAGUGAAGACAGUAGAGAGACUGAGCCAGCUGGUGCCAGAAGUGAUGUCAUGUAUACUGUGACAUCACAGUGUUUCUUUUCUGCUUUCUUCACCCAUUUUUGUCUCCCUGUUGCCACGCCUUCUCCCCAGUCAUCUGACUCCCACAUAGCUGCACACACUUGUAUACAAAGGCACAGACACCAGCUGGGCUCCCAGCCCCAUUCCCUACUGCCCCUCCCCCACUCCCACCCCCACCCCCAGCCCCAGCAACUGACCAUGGCCUCAGAAGCAGAAAGAGCAUUCCAUCGAUUUGCUGUCUUUGGAGAAUCGUCCAGCAGUGGCAAUGAAAUUACCAACAAGAACUUCUCCAAACUCUGUAAAGACUGUGGCAUCAUGGACGGCAAGGCAGUGACCUCCACAGAUGUGGACAUUGUGUUCAGCAAAGUGAAGGCCAAGAAUGCCAGAACCAUCAACUUCCAACAGUUUAAAGAGGCAAUGAAGGAGCUGGGCCAAAAGCUCUUCAAGGGGAAGAACCCAGAUGAGGCUCUGGAAGAUGUUUUUAAACUCAUGGAAGGCAAGGACCCUGCCACCACCGGUGUUACUAAAGCAACGACGGUGGGUGGAGUAGACCGGUUGACGGACACCAGUCCUGCUUUUAGCAAAGUGGGAAGGAAAGAACCAUCUUUUUUUAUGAAGAACAAAGUGUUUACCUUUGAUCAAGGGUUCGCCAGUGUCUCAUCCUACUCAUAAGCCCCAGGGCCAUGCGCAUCAGCACCUCCUACCAAAGUGGCAGGCUGAGAACAAAGAACCUCCAGGACUUCUUCCCACAGUCCCCAUUACCAAUGCCCAGCUGAGUGUGCCAGCAUCUUGCACCCUUGACUCAGGGCCUGUCCAUUCAGAGCACUGCUAGGAAUCUCUGCAUGCUGGCUCUGCAGCCCCAACAAGCUGGUUCUGGCUCUUGAGAGAAUGUGAACUACCUGACCUGAUCAGAUUCUUGGUACUGGAUGGUGUGUGGUAAUUUGUCCUGCUGAAAAAAGGGCUAAGUUGCUCAGCUUUUUAUCAAAUAUCUGGAUCUUCAUCAAAGUCAACAAGCUAGUUUCAAGGAACUUGCCAGCUCUAACCUUUGACCCCACAGGCCUUUCAGCCUUGUCUCCCUGAGGGCAUUCUCCACAUUUACACAUUUACCAGAGCUAUGUAUCACCCUGCCCCACCUUCUGGGAUGCUCUUAGGAGAACCUUUUCACCUUCAGCGGCAGAAGCAGGAGUCAGAAGGCAGACCCCGACGUGCUCUGGGGUUCACUGUGGAGCUCACAGGAAG